AUGGCCAACGUUGCGGACACCAGGCUGUACGAUAUCCUCGGAGUUUCACCUACUGCCCCUGAAAGCGAACUAAAAAAGGCGUAUCGCAAAUUGGCCAAAGAGUACCAUCCUGACAAAAAUCCUGAUGCUGGUGACAAGUUUAAAGAAAUAAGUUUUGCAUAUGAGGUGCUGACAAACCCAGAGAAGAAGGAGCUUUAUGAUCGCUAUGGAGAGCAGGGACUUCGGGAGGGAGGCGGAGGAGGCCCCGGCAUGGACGAUAUCUUCUCUCACAUUUUUGGUGGAGGUCUCUUUGGUUUCAUGGGUGGACGUGGCAGUCGAAGCAAUGGGGGCAAGAGGAGAGGGGAGGAUAUGGUGCACCCUCUGAAAGUUUCCCUUGAGGACCUGUACAACGGAAAAACUACAAAACUGCAGCUUAGUAAGAAUGUAUUGUGUAGCGCCUGUAAUGGUCAAGGGGGUAAGGCAGGAGCGGUACAGAAAUGUGUGACAUGCAGAGGAAGAGGAAUGAAAAUCAUGAUCAGACAGCUGGCACCAGGGAUGGUACAGCAAAUGCAGUCCGUCUGCACCGACUGCAACGGAGAGGGGGAGGUGAUAAAUGAGAAAGACCGCUGCAAAAAGUGUGAGGGACAGAAGGUUUGCAAGGAGACAAAACUACUAGAGGUUCAUGUGGACAAAGGUAUGAAGCACGGACAGAAGAUCACCUUCUCUGGGGAAGCUGACCAGGCACCAGGUGUGGAACCUGGAGAUAUAGUCCUUGUUCUUCAGGAGAAAGACCAUGAGGAAUUUCGACGUGAUGGCAAUGACCUUCACAUGGUGCAACGCAUUGGCCUUGUUGAGGCACUGUGUGGCUUCCAGAUCACCAUCACACACCUGGAUGGACGCCAGCUGCUGGUCAAAUAUCCACCUGGCAAGGUCAUUGAGCCAGGUUGUGUUCGAGUCGUGAAAGGAGAAGGAAUGCCUCAGUACAGAAAUCCAUUUGAAAAAGGAGAUCUUUACAUCAAGUUUGAUGUUCAGUUCCCAGAAAGCAACUGGAUCAGUCCUGACAAACUGAAUGACUUGGAGAACCUUCUUCCAGCCCGUGCUGACAAUCCUGACAUCGCUGCAGAUGCUGAAGAAGUCGAUCUCGCAGAAUUUGACAGAAGUCAAAGUUCUGGCUGUGGAGGCAGGAGAGAGGCGUAUAAUGAUAGCUCUGAUGAUGAAGGGGGCCAUCAUGGCCCGGGGGUGCAGUGUGCGCACCAGUAGAAAGACUCAUACAUAGACUUUCAAAAAAAGAAACCUUCAAGUUCCAUUAUUAGCACUACUCGAUACCUGAUGCACACACACACACACCUUUCUCUUUCAUGCCUCCAGUGACAAGGUAAUGCAUAAAAUCCUAAUAAAAAAAAAACAAAGUACACUAGUCUCCCUUGUCAGUUCCAUGGUCCCAAUGCCUCCUCAGAGUUCCUGGUUGGGUAAAGAAAGCCUUUAGAUUAAGUUUGUAAAGUCUUGAAUGCAAGGUAGGCUUUUUUCAUCCUAGGAUUAACCCCUCUGUAAAACAGUUUGGUCUGAAACUUCAAAUUCUGGCAAAUAUAUAAAAUUGGCAUAAUUCAUC